AUGUACUGCCCCUAUCGCUCCCAGCCAGCCCUGACCUCCCCCAGUCUUGGAGCUCGCACUGAGCACACUAUCCGCUCUCCGGGAGAUCUGCAUCGUCUUCACAGCUCCUGCACUCUGCUGUCUGAGUACACUCACAGCUCCUGCACUCUGCUGUCUGAGUACACUCACAGCUCCUGCACUCUGCUGUCUGAGUACACUCACAGCGCCUGCACUCUGCUGUUUGAGUACACUCACAGCUCCUGCACUCUGUUGUUUGAGUACACUCACAGCUUCUGCACUCUGCUGUUUGAGUACACUCACAGCUCCUGCACUCUGCUGUUUGAGUACACUCACAGCUCCUGCACUCUGCUGUUUGAGUACACUCACAGCUUCUGCACUCUGCUGUUUGAGUACACUCACAGCUCCUGCUGUAUGACUGAGCACACUCACAGCUCCUGCACUAGCUGUAUGCCUGAGUACACUCACAGCUCCUGCACGCUGCUGUAUGACUGA